AUGGAGCUCACCAAGUUCCUCGGUUUCCUCGCAAUGGUCCUGCCCAUCGCCUACGGUGCUCCCACCCAGGCCGCGACCAGCCUCCACCCCAAGAUCCUGGCCGCCAUGAAGCGCGACUUCGGUCUGGAUGCCGAGGCGGCCACCAAGCGUGUCGCCUUUGAGCACCGCUCCACCGACGUCAUUGAGCAGCUCCGCAACUCCGCCGGUGCCUCCUUCGCCGGUGCCUGGAUCUCUGAGGACGGCACCACCCUCAACGUCGGUGUCACUGACGAGGCCCUGGCCACCGAGGUGACUAACGCCGGCGCCGCCCCUGUCAUCCUGCCCAACCCCCUCUCCAAGCUCGAGGAGGCAAAGGCCGCUCUCGACAACCUGGAUAUCGAGGCCCCCGCCGCCGCCCGUGACGAGACCUCCGCCGCCUCCGGUAUCGCCUCGUACUACGUCGACGUUGCCGCCAACAAGCUCGUCAUCGAGUCCCUCGCCGGCAGCACCGCUCAGGCCGAGUCCCUCGCCACCCAGGUCGGCCUCGCCGCCGGUGAGUUCGAGGUCCGCACCGUCGAGUCGUUGCCCACCACCUUCGCUACCGUCCUCGGCGGUGACGCCUACCUCAUCAACCGCUCCGCUCGGUGCUCCAUCGGUUUCUCCGUCACCACUGGUUUCGUCUCCGCCGGUCACUGCGGUAGCUCCGGCGACAGCGUCACCACCAGCUCUGGUGCCUCUCUCGGAACCUUUUCCGGCUCCGUCUUCCCCGGCUCCGCCGACAUGUCCUACGUCCGCACCGUCUCCGGAACCACCCUCCGUGGCUACAUUGACGGAUACGGCCGUGGCAACCUCCCCGUCUCCGGCUCCACCGCCUCCGCUGUCGGUGCCUCCAUCUGCCGCUCCGGCUCCACCACCGGUGUCUACUGCGGCACCGUCGGCGCCCUCGGUGCUACCGUCAACUACUCCGAGGGACGUGUCACCGGCCUCACCCGCACCAGUGUCUGCGCCGAGCCCGGUGACUCUGGCGGUUCCUUCUACUCUGGCGCCCAGGCCCAAGGUGUCACCUCAGGAGGCUCCGGCGACUGCUCUCGCGGCGGUACCACCUACUUCCAGCCGGUCAAUGAGAUUCUGUCUACCUACGGCCUCACCCUGGUCCGCGCUUAA